UGAGAGGAUCCUGGGCAUUAAAGAGCUUCCAGCACUUACCUCAUGCCCAUAGAUCCGGCAGGGCUCAGCUUCCCCAAGCCACUGGGUUUUGCAUGAGGCUGUGUUGCUUUCAGGGGUUGGCUCCUCAGACAUGGCUGAUUGGUCUUCAGCCCCAUUCCAGCAGACUCCCAACCAGGGGGCAGCCUCAGAAGAUAACAAUUCCACUCACCCAAAGGCAGGCUUAAUUUCUCUUCGUAGGAACUCACAAUCUACCAAUGUGGUACCUAGGACACUCUUGCAGCUUCCAAGUAUUGAAGAAGGGAAAGCCCCUCUCCCACUCUCCCGGAGAAGCUCCAUCAUGAGCAGCAUCAAUGCUCCCUUUUCCAGCAGAAGGAACUCACUGGCUGCUGGGGGAAGGCGCCUCUCCAUUGGGACCUGGAUGCACUACGGCAGGGUGAGUUUCUCUGGGCUGCCCCUCUUUGAACCCAUUCGGGAGACACUCUAUGAAAACACCUACAAGACCCAGCCAGAUGAGGGCUGCAAGUUCAAUUCCUCCCAAACACAGCAGCUCCUUGAGUCUGUUCUGGCCAGCUACCUCCGGGAUGCCAAGUACAACCCGGCAAACAGUGGGCAGUUGGCCCAGAACCUGUCAGACCUCAUCCGGAGCAGAGUCAAAGACCUAAGCCCACCUCGCUACAAGCUGGUGUGUAAUGUUUUUCUGGGCCAGCAGGCUAAGCAAGGCCUGCAUAUCGCCAGCCGGUCCCUCUGGGAUGUGGAAAAUGACAACUUUGCUUCUGCUGCAUUCACCAACUCGUCAAUGUUUGCUGUGGCCACAGUGCAUGGGCUAUAUUUUGAAUGAACUAUCUGUACAGAUCUGAAGGUGCUCUUACCCUUACUGCUAUCUAAACAGAAAUAACUUCAGUGUGACCAAUUGUUUUCCCUCAUCUAAUGUAGCCUACCACUAAAUGAUGCAAGAGUUGCAUUCCCCUCCUAAACUAUUUGCCAGAUAAAAUAUUUUAUAUUAACAGAAUGGUUGUCUAGUACACAGAAAAUAUGGUAGCUUGACAUAAUCCAUGUGAUUUCUUCAUCUUUUGAUAGCUUAUUUUUAAUGUAUUAACUUAUUUGCACAUAAAUAG